AUGGCUGAAGACCAUCACACACUCUCAUUGUCAAUAAGCGCUCCCUCCAUUGAUUAUCAGACCAACAAGGUGUCCUGGCCUGUCUUCAUGUGGUACUAUGAUGGGGACUCAGAGAUGUCUUCAGUUGAAGUAGAAGAUGUUUUUGGUGUGAAGCUUUCUAAAUGGGAGAAAUUGUGGGUGCCAGAUGUGUCUAAAACGGUGCUUACAACUGUACCUGAGUUGAACACCAACUAUGGAUUCGACCCAGCCUGUGGUGGUGCGGAUGUCUGCGAGUAUUUUGGGUGGCCAUUUGUGGAGAUCCUUAACAUCUCCACGGGAGAUUGGAUGCCACUCCAUGACAAUGCAUCCGAGUCGACAUCAGUCAUAUUGGACAAUGGGCAUCGUACAUUGAGCCAGAAGACCACCUCUCCAUCUGGUAAUGCACUAGAGGGAGGGCAUAUUGAUGAAGCAUCGACCGAGACAGAGAUUGCUUAUGAUUCUGCUGUCCUUCAUUGUUCCAACAUUCAGACCUACAUGUAG